AUGAAACCAUUACGUAGUAACACCGGCGCUGUCAUGAAGCGAACACCACCCGGAACAGGCGUUCCGGCAACAUCGGUAGCGCCCAGUAGUAGCUGGAUGAUGGGAAUGACCGAUGGUGGGUCAUCUUCCGGCAGCGGAACCAGCCGGUUACGGUUCCCGUACAUCAUGGAGGACAAUCCGGCAGCCCUGGAAUCACCGGCAGCCUCACCAGAUCUAAUCGGGAAAUCAAGUCGCCCGACGUUUGAUUACGACUUCUGGAAGGUGCCAGAUGAGACGACGGAGCUCUGCUUUCUGAUGCCGAAUGGCAUCCUGAUCCUGAUGACUCAACCCAUCAACAUGACGCUGGCGGAGCUAAAAACGGAUGUCUGGGAAGAAGCCGAGCGUUAUCCGUUGUACUGUCACCUGGGGGAUAAGAACAAUUACUGCUUCAGCGCGCUGUCCUCAGGACGAUCGAACAGCAGCACAACCUACGAGGAUGAGCAGAUACGGGUGGGAGAUGUCCAGCCCGCGUUCGGUGUGCUGCGGUUCGUGGAGAAGAGCAACGUCUCGAAGAACAGCAUGCUGAUGUCCUCCAUCAGCGAACUGCUCGAUCGCAAGUUAUCGGUGACACUCGUCAGCCCGGAAGUGAACGAUUUUCGUGCCCGCAUGAGCGUACUUUGCGAGGAGAUUGGAAGCCGACGAGCGAACAUGACGUUUAUGGAGCGGCUUGCCUACCAGUAUCCGGUAAAGCUGGCCGACGGUGGACUCGUUCCGGAUCAAAUCGCACGGAAGGUUGCGAACGGCGAGGGUUCAUUCCGGUUGAUCGCAAUCAGCACCGACAUGCAGGUGACGGUGAAGGUGCCAUGCCGCGCAACACCGGACGAGGUGUUGAAGCGCAUCCUCGAGAAGAAGCAGAUCUCGGCCCAGGCGGGUAACGACAAAAGCACUGAAUUCAUCCUAAAGGUGUGCGGUUGCGAGGAGUACAUUUACGGGACGCACCAGAUGAUCAAGUUCCAGUACGUCCAGGAUUGUCUGUCGAGGGACGAUACACCCACGUUUGUGCCACAGUUGGUGAGCGGGAUCCACCUGCUCUGGAGUGAACUGUACCAACAGCGCCGAGACUCUAUGGCAUUAGGAGGGAGUGUCACUUCUUCAACAACUUCGCUGGCAUCCUCGACGUCGUACGGUGCGGUGUCGAAGUUUAGUGGCAAUAGUUCCGGCAUCGGUAGCUCCAGCGGCCAGCAAUCGCACACGCUGCGAAAGGUGAAGCACAUCACGAGCUGGGAGGUGAAUGCGAAGCUGCAAUGUAAGGUGAAAGAGAUUCGCGGUCUCAAUAUGGGCGAUCGAACGGUGGAGCUGGCUGUGCAGCUCGGUUUGUUCCACGGUGGCAAGUCGUUGUGCAAGACCGAACGGACCAGGAUGGUGCCGGUACAGGGCGGUACAACUGCGGUUUGGGAUGAGAUGAUACAGUUCGACAUCAACGUGAGCAAUGUACCGCGAAUGGCCCGGUUGUGUCUCGUGGUGUACGAGGAGAACAUGCGAGCGACGAAGGGUGCUGGGAUCCGGACGCGCCGUACGAAGGAUGGUCUGAUCACUCCGAUCGCGUGGGUCAACACGAUGGUGUACGAUUACAAGAACCAGCUGAAGGUGGAUUUGGUGACACUGUACACGUGGGAGUACGCCGAGGACACGCAGUACGACGAGAUCCUGCACCCGCUGGGUACGGUCGAGCCAAACCCGAAACGGGACGGUAUCGUGAUGCCGAUGUUACUGAGCUUCGGUCCGUACGGGACGGAUGGUCGCAGCAUCGUGUACCCCAGCGAGGAGGAAUUGCUGGCACACGCGGCCAGGAUGAACCACCGUAACCAACAUCUCAACCGAGAGAGCGCUGAGGAUACGCGCUCGAUCAAGGCAAUAAUGUCGGCGUACAUGUACAACGAUCGGUUGAACGAUAUUCAUGAGCAGGAUCGAAACGCGAUCUGGGCGAAGCGUCGAGACUGCAUGCUGCAGAUGCCGCAAGGAUUGCCCUGUCUGCUGUACUGCGUUGAGUGGAACAACCGGGAUGAGGUGUCUGAGAUCGUGUCACUGUUGCAGGAGUGGCCAAAGCUGCUGGUCGAGCGUGCUCUUGAGCUGCUCGAUUACGCCUAUGCGGACAAGUACGUGCGCCGGUACGCCGUGGAUUGUCUCCGCACGAUGCAGGACGACGAGCUGCUGCUCUAUCUGUUGCAGCUUGUGCAGGCGCUCAAGCACGAGUCGUAUCUAAACUGCGAUCUCGUGUAUUUCCUGUUGCAGAGAGCACUGCACAACCAGCACAUCGGGCACUAUCUGUUUUGGCAUCUGCGUUCCGAGAUAUCGGUUCCGUCCGUGCACGUGCGGUUCGGGUUGAUUCUGGAAGCGUACCUGCUGGGUAGCCCCGAGCACGUGUCGGUGCUGUUGAAGCAGAGGCAGAUGUUGCGCCAUCUGAAGGAUUGCUCGGACCUGGUAAAGGUCGGCAACAAGGAGAAAGGUCGCGCGCUGUUGAUGGAGCAACUGGGAAAGGAUAUGACGGCGAUGAGCAAUGUUAUCAGCCCGCUCAAUCCGAGCUUCCGGUGUAGUGCGGUCCGGAUCGAACGGUGCAAGGUGAUGGACUCGAAGAUGCGUCCACUCUGGAUCGUGUACGAGAACAGCGACCCGAAUGGUGAUGACAUACACAUGAUCUUCAAGAAUGGGGACGAUCUGCGGCAGGAUAUGCUGACGCUGCAGAUGCUGCGCAUAAUGGAUCGGAUCUGGAAGAGCCACGGUUACGAUUUCCGGAUGAACCCGUACAGCUGCAUCAGCACCGACUUCAAGCUUGGUCUGAUCGAGGUCGUACUGAACGCGGAAACGAUCGCGAACAUCCAGAAGGAGCGUGGCAUGUUCUCGGCCACUUCACCGUUCAAGAAGGGUUCGCUGUUGGCGUGGUUGCGUGAGCAUAACAGCACCGACGAGCAGCUGGCGAAGGCAAUCCAGGAGUUUACCCUUAGCUGUGCAGGUUACUGCGUAGCGACGUACGUGCUCGGUGUGGCGGAUCGCCAUUCGGACAACAUCAUGGUGAAGAAGACGGGCCAAUUGUUUCACAUCGAUUUCGGGCACAUUCUGGGACAUUUCAAGGAGAAGUUUGGCUUUCGUCGUGAACGUGUACCGUUCGUGCUGACGCAUGACUUCGUAUACGUCAUUAACAACGGGCGUACGGAUCGGGAAGCCCAAGAGUUCUGCCAUUUCCAGACGCUCUGCGAAGAGGCAUUCCUCAUCCUACGCCAGCACGGCUGUCUCAUUUUGUCGCUGUUUUCGAUGAUGAUCUCGACCGGCUUACCUGAGCUGUCAUCGGAAAAGGAUCUUAACUAUCUGCGAGAAACACUGGUACUCGACAAGACGGAAGAGGAAGCGCGAAGCCAUUUCAAACACAAGUUCAGCGAGGCACUUGCCAACUCGUGGAAGACGUCGCUCAACUGGGCAUCUCAUAACUUCUCCAAAAACAACCGUCAGUGA